AUGCGUCACACAGCUGUAUCAUGCUGGCAGCCGUUCCUGGGUCUGGCUGUGCUGCUAGUCUUCAUGGGUCCCACCAUAGGCUGCCCAGCCCGCUGUGAAUGCUCAGCACAGAACAAGUCCGUCAGCUGUCACAGAAGGCGUCUGAUGUCCAUCCCAGAGGGCAUUCCCAUUGAGACCAAAAUCUUGGACCUCAGCAAGAACCGACUAAAGAGCGUCAAUCCUGAGGAAUUCAUGUCAUACCCUCUACUGGAGGAGAUUGACCUCAGUGACAAUAUAGUUGCCAAUGUGGAGCCUGGAGCAUUUAACAAUCUCUUCAACUUGCGCUCCCUGAGGCUGAAAGGAAACCGUCUGAAGCUAGUUCCCCUUGGGGUGUUCACUGGGUUGUCAAACUUAACAAAGCUUGAUAUAAGUGAAAACAAGAUUGUCAUUUUGCUGGAUUACAUGUUCCAAGAUCUGCAUAACCUAAAAUCCCUCGAGGUUGGGGACAAUGAUUUGGUUUAUAUAUCACACAGGGCCUUUAGUGGACUGCUUAGCCUGGAGCAGCUCACCCUGGAGAGAUGCAACCUCACAGCUGUACCAACAGAAGCUCUUUCUCAUCUCCACAACCUCAUCAGUCUGCAUCUGAAACAGCUCAACAUUAAUGCUUUGCCUGCUUAUGCCUUUAAAAGACUGUUUCGCCUGAAAGACCUAGAGAUAGAUGCCUGGCCCCUCCUGGACAUGCUACCUGCCAACAGUCUGUAUGGUCUCAACCUUACUUCUCUCUCCAUCACCAAUACCAACCUGUCUGUAGUACCUUACUCCGCUUUUAAACAUCUGGUUUACCUGACACAUCUAAACCUCUCUUACAACCCUAUCAGCACCAUUGAAGCAGGCAUGUUUUCAGAUUUAGUGCGCCUGCAGGAACUCCACAUGGUGGGGGCCCAGCUACGUGCCAUUGAAUCACACGCUUUCCAAGGGCUGCGGUACUUACGUGUGCUUAAUGUGUCCCAAAACCUGCUAGAAACCCUAGAAGAGAACGUAUUCCAUUCCCCCAAAAGCCUUGAGGUCCUCUGCAUUAACAACAAUCCUCUGGCCUGUGACUGCCGUCUCCUUUGGAUUUUACAGAGGCAACCCACUUUGCAGUUUGGAGGCCAGCCACCAAUGUGUGCUGGCCCAGACAGUGUCAAAGAGAGGUCAUUCAAAGACUUUCACAGCACAGCUCUUUCCUUUUACUUCACCUGUAAGAAGCCCAAGAUACAAGACAAGAAGUUGCAAUACCUGGUAGUGGAGGAAGGGCAGACGGUGCAGUUGAUGUGCAAUGCUGACGGGGAUCCGCAGCCUACCAUAUCCUGGGUUACUCCACGUCGGAGGCUGAUCACAGCUAAAUCAAAUGGAAGAGCCACUGUGCUGGGAGAUGGUACCCUGGAGAUCCGAUUUGCUCAAGACCAGGACACUGGGAUCUACGUUUGUAUUGCAAGUAACGCAGCUGGGAACGACACCUAUUCGGCCUCUCUUACAGUAAAGGGGUUUACUUCAGACCGUUUCCUUUACGCCAACAGGACCCCUAUGUAUAUGACAGACUCCAAUGACACAAGUUCCAAUGGAACUAAUGUGAACACCUUCUCUCUGGACCUUAAGACAAUAUUGGUGUCCACAGCUAUGGGCUGUUUCACAUUCCUUGGAGUGGUUUUAUUUUGUUUCCUCCUUCUUUUUGUGUGGAGCCGAGGGAAAGGCAAACACAAAACCAGCAUUGACCUUGAAUAUGUCCCUCGCAAAAACAAUGGUGCUGUGGUUGAAGGGGAGGUUGCUGGACCACGAAGGUUCAAUAUGAAAAUGAUUUGAUGGUAUUCUGCUAGCAGUGCUUUUUCUGUGGCAUUAAAACCAAUUAAACCAGCCUGGCAUGCGGAAUCGCUAGGCAGAAGCAGCUUAAUGCAGCUGUCACUGUAUCAAAAGGUUACAUGAAAAUGGAAAGACUAUUUGUGGUUAUACAGCAGAGCCUCCAGACAUUGAGGCAGAUAUGUCAGGGCCUUUCAUAGAACUGGUAAAUUGUACUAACUGUUUGCAUUGCAAAUAUUGGCAUUCUGGGGAUAUCAGCAAUGAACCGCUGGCUCAUGCUCAUGGACAGUUAUUCAACAUUUUCUACCACUACAAAAAGGAAAAGAAAAAAAAAGCCUACAGUGUAGGAUUUACAUACUUAAAGAAAAAGACACAUUUGUCUAAAACAUACUCUACAGUGAAAUUUGUAUCUAUAGAUCUCAUUUGGUAAAACCUUGCAUCCUCCCUUCUAGCUGGUUCAACACCACAAAAAAAUUAGUAGUUUUUUUUU